UGUGACCGUGCACGCACCGAGAUCAUUCUCACAAGCAUGAACGUCGUGGCGACGUCCAUCUCGGGGCGCAGCGUGCAGAUGGUCGUGAGCGACGCGGACGACCAGGUCGUAUGCGUCGAGCGCUCCUUCGCCGCCCUCGAAGGCCUCCAUGCGAGCCUCGUCGCCGCCGCUUGCGAUAGCAUCCCGAGCUUCCCGCUCUUCCCGGGCGUGCCCACCGAUGCUGCGCUCACGCACCUCUGCGCCGAGCUCAACGCCUACUUUGCACAUGCUUCCGUGAAGGCGACCGCCGAGCUCCACGCGCUCCUGGCCGACGACCUCGGCAACAACACGGGGCACAUGACCGCGAUCGACUUUCUCCUGCAGCCCUUCGAGUACGAGAAGGUGGUCAUUCCGCGCGGCUCCAAGCACGACGUGCAGCUGCAAGUGACCAACAGCAGCCAAGUGCUCGUAUGGAAGUUUGAGGUCGAGGACUUUGACAUUGACUUCAACGCCGACUUUCACGUGCCCACGCCCAUGUACACAGAGGUCUUCCACGCAACGACGCGCUACCAGACAACUGUCAAGCCCGUUGAAGGCAUGUACCGCUGUCCAAAGCCUGGUGUGCUCACGCUCUCGUGGGACAAUACCUACUCGCGCCUCCGCGGAAAGACGGUGCAUUACGUCGCACACGUAGUCGAGAAGAGCUCGAUGGAGUCGGCGCUUCUCGCCGCCGACGCCUUGACCCACGCGCUCGAGGCGGGACCGACGAGCAACUUUUUGCACAAGAAGGCGCUGCCAACGCCUACGCCCAUGUCGUCGCCGGCACUCGCGUCGCUUCUACCGCGCUACGCCUUUAGCAACAUGCCGUCACUGGACCUCAACGGGCACUGGCUCGUGUCCGGACUCGUCAACACCACCAUGGCGACCGCCUCCAAGCUCUUUGGGUCGCGGCCUGCGCUGCUGCCAGCCGCUGCGCCGCCGACGCCCAAAGACGACGAGCCCAAUUCGAUCGGCAACAGCCUCAUGGAGGAGCUCAACGGCCUCAACAUGCAGCUCCUCCAGCGCGUGGAGUCACUCGAAGACGCACUCGCACGGCUCGCCGUGGAGCGCGACCAAGCGCUCUCCCGCGUGCAAAUGGCUACGGCAAAACACGAAACGGAGGCGGCCGCGUCGCAAGAGAAGGACGGCCGUCUCGAAGCUCUCCAGAGCGAGAUCGACCGCCUCCGGCGAGAGCGUCAGCAGUGGCCAGCGAUCCAAGCCGAACGGGACGCGCUCCUGCUCGAGAAGCACCGCUGGGCGAUGAUUGAUGAGUUUGAUACAUACGUCGACCCGCAAGAUGACACGGGCCGAGGCGAUGCGUCGCCAUCGUCGUCGCCAACGGCCAAGAAACUCUCGGACGACGCUCGGAUGGCGCUCGAGAAGGAGCUCGGCCAGGCCGAAGUCGCACUCAUUCGGCUCCGCGCGCAGCUCGGCUACUCGCUGCAGCAAGUCAUUCCCAACACGCGCAUUGAGCAGCUGGCCAAGGACCUCGCCGUCGCCAAGACCGAGUACGACGCCGAGCUGGUUGAGCACCGCAACAUGAUCCAAGACCUCAACCAGCAGAUUCUCAAGUACCGCAGCCACAAGAAGGUGCUCGUGACCGAGCUCCGUAACGUCAAGCGUCAGACCGACGGGCAAGUCGCCGUCGCGCUCGCCGAAGCACACGAAGCACGCAUGGUCAACACGCGCCUCAAGCGGCAGAACGAACUGCUUCUGAGUCAAAUGCGGUCCCUUGUCGACACUGCGUCGGCUCCGGCGCCGGUCGACGUACCCGCGCCGGUCGAAGUGCCCACGACGCUGACGGCCCAAGACCUAGCGAUGCUCAACGGCGAGCCUUACACACCGGCGACAACAAAAGCUGCGACACUCCGCGCGGACCUGCGCCCUAACCCGUUCCGAGAAAAGCUCACGGCGUUCUUCACCGAGUACGACCAGUCGCAGCUGGAGCACGUGGAAGAGAUGCUUGAGAGCUACCGCGGGGUCGAGGCCUCGCUGCUCGAGUCCCUCGAGCUCAAGUACCGCUUCCGAGAGCUCAACGCUGCGUACCAGGGCGAGCUCAUGUAAACUGUCAACUUGAUAGUGCUGGCCGAUAUCCGGAUAAGUACACCAUUUACGUUUUUCUAAAUCGUGUAAUUGGUGUGAUUUCGUU